AUGAAAAUUUCUGAUGAAAUUCUACAGUCAGUCCCAUUACAUUUAAGGCAGACUGAAAGGAGCUAUGCAGGAGCACUGAAGAUCAGUCACAGCACAGUUCACAAUUUGAAGAGGAAAGGAAGGCUAAGAACACACACAACCUGCAACAAGCCAGCACUGUCAUCAGACCAUAAGGUGGCCAGACUUAGAUGGAUUUUGUCACACAUAAAUCCAUUUACAGAAAAUCAGGACCCCACAUUUGUUGACAUGAGGAAUGUCAUUCACUGUGAUGAGAAGUGGUUCUACUUGAACCCUGAUAAAAGGAGGUUUUAUCUACUGCCAAGUGAGGAGGAUCCUUACAUGGCAGUUCAGUCAAGAAGAUUCAAGCUGAAGGCCAUGUUCAUGGCAAUUAUAGGGAAGCCAUUAUAUGGCAUAGAUGGAGAAAUGUUACAUGAUGGAAAGUAUGUCAUCUUCCCAUUCACUGUGCAGCAAUUAGCACAGAAAUCAAGCAAGAAAAGGCCAAGAGGGACUUUGGAAACAAAGGCACUACAGAAUAUAAACACAGAACUAAUCAGGGAGAUGUUGCUCACAAAAGUUAUCCCAGCCAUCAAGUCAAAGUGGCCAGAAAGUCUGGCCAAGGAUGUGCAAGCACAAUCACCUGAUUUGAAUGUGCUUGAUUUGGGGCUGUUUAGGUCUAUACAAUCAUUGCAAUAUCAGACUUUUCCUAAAGACUUAGAUGAGCUAGUCCAAAAGGCAGAAGGUGGUAACAAGUACAAGAUUCCACAUAUGAACAAGAAAAAGCUUGAGAAUAUUGGCAUUCUACCAGAAAUAGUUGUAGUCCAGCAGGAGGUAGUAGUGGGGGCUAUGGAGUAUCUAAACACCAUGUUUAGGCCAGCUAAUCAGGGCAAUGAAGAAGUCACAGAAGAAUUGGAGGUGGAUGCAGAUUAG